ACAGUGCGAAAAAUUCAGCGAAAGAUAGUCCAGACCGAGCUUCCUGACCCGAGCCCGUCUAGCAGAGGAAGUUGUCUCAAAGAGCCCCGACGUGCACGCAGAGGUGGGGAUUUGCUUUGCACAACUGCACCGAAUCUGCAGGACUGGGCGGCGGAAGUUUUUCUUAUGUGAAAGGGUACCGUCUCAGUUUUUAGUUUUUUUAUCAGGGAGCAGCACCACACCACGUCGUGCCACUCACGGGGAGGAGAGGAGAGAGGGCAGAAGUUUCCGCUGGCUUGUUUUGUCGCUGCGCGGCUGGUAAAUCCGCAGGAAUGUCGCAGAAGGAGAGACCCACUUUCUACAGACAGGAGCUCAACAAAACCGUGUGGGAGGUCCCGGAGCGGUACCAGAACUUAUCUCCCGUCGGCUCCGGAGCUUACGGAUCCGUAUGUUCGGUGUAUGACCUGAAGACAUGCCAGAAAAUUGCAGUGAAGAAGUUGUCCAGGCCCUUCCAGUCCAUCAUCCACGCAAAGAGAACCUACAGAGAGCUGCGGCUGCUCAAACACAUGAAGCACGAGAAUGUGAUCGGUCUAUUAGAUGUUUUCACACCAGCAACAAGCUUAGAGGAGUUCAAUGAUGUAUACUUGGUGACCCACCUAAUGGGUGCAGACCUUAACAACAUCGUCAAGUGUCAAAAGCUGACCGAUGACCACGUCCAGUUCCUCAUCUACCAGAUUCUCCGAGGCUUAAAGUACAUCCAUUCUGCAGAUAUUAUCCACAGAGACUUGAAGCCUAGUAAUCUGGCUGUGAAUGAAGACUGUGAGCUCAAGAUCCUGGACUUUGGUUUGGCACGGCACACAGAUGAUGAGAUGACCGGCUACGUAGCCACCCGGUGGUACCGAGCCCCAGAGAUCAUGCUCAACUGGAUGCACUACAAUAUGACAGUGGAUAUCUGGUCGGUGGGCUGCAUCAUGGCUGAACUACUCACUGGACAGACGCUCUUCCCUGGCACAGACCAUAUAAACCAGCUGCAGCAGAUAAUGCGCCUGACGGGGACGCCCCCAGCCUCCCUCAUAGGCAGGAUGCCCAGCCAUGAGGCGAGGAACUACAUUAACUCACUUCCUCAAAUGCCUAAGAGGAACUUUGCUGAUGUGUUUAUCGGUGCCAACCCUCUUGCUGUGGACUUGCUGGAGAAAAUGCUGGUGCUAGACACAGACAAACGGAUCACAGCCUCCGAGGCUCUAGCCCACCCGUACUUCGCCCAGUACCACGACCCGGACGACGAGCCCGAAGCAGAGCCUUAUGACCAGAGCUUUGAAAGUCGUGAGCUGGAGAUUGAGGAAUGGAAGAGGUUAACCUACGAGGAGGUAGUCAGUUUUGAGCCGCCGUCAUUCGACGGAGACGAGAUGGAAUCCUGAGUUGGAGGAAGAGGAGGCACCUUUUACUUCCGUAUUUUGUUUUCCAAGAAACACUCUUUAAGGACUAUGAGUCUGUGAUGACUAUCCACAACUUUCUCACACACACACACACACACACACACACACACCACACACACACACACACACACACACACACACACAACCAUGACAUUCAAGUGCCUGCCGUCAUUCAUCUCCGGGGGAAGUUGUUUUAUCAGGGAUAAAACUCCACAUCCUGUUCCUUCUGUCCCCUACUUUGCUGUUUUUGUUACUCACUGAGGCAGACUUUAAAUUCUCCUUAUAUUUUUACCUUCUUUAUUGUUAAUAUUGAUCCCCUCUUUGAUUCAGAAAACUACAAACAAUGUCAGUAACUCCUUUUAUGUAUUUUAUAAAACAAAUGACCACUCAGCAGUAAUUAAUAUUGUAGGAAAGAAGUUUGAUAGAAACCUUUCAUACUGCAGUGUGUCUAAAGUUUAUCUUUCCCCCACACAUUAAAUUAAAACGAUAUUUCUAUCAUAUUAGAGAAUUGCGUAAAUAUCACAAACAGUAUUUGUAAUUUAGACAAUAGUUAACCUAUUUCUAUAAUAGACAUAAUAUCUGAGUCACACUUAGCUGAGCCCUUUGAAAGUAUGAUGUUUAUUACUAGAGUUUAGCCCAAAAUGGCAUAUUAAAAUAUUCAGUGUGUUAUUUAAUACAAGUAUUUAUAGGAUAGGCUAAAAUAUAAAAUAUUUACCUCUACAUGGCAAAUUCAAGGCUUCAUAUUUCUUAUUGUUGGAUUUGAAGGUUUACGGUGACCCUUUUUUAACCAAAAUGUCUUUGGAGUGUUGGGAAACAUGGCUUAUCUCAACUACCUAACAUUUGUUUAGUUUCUACUCUUUUUCUCCAUAUCAUUUUUUCUUAAAGCACUUCCUUUCUGCUGUUCCAGAAGAAUGUUACAGUCCCCAUCACUCUACAUUUUCGCAUGAAAAAGCCAGAUUUGGCUAGUUAGUUUUUUUUAAUGUGUUUUUUCCCACCACAACACCAACUCACAAUGUACUUUAAUCAUAUUGCAUUUAUAAAACACAGUACUAUUAAUGUUAAUUGAAUGUUCGGGGCACCAGUUCGCCCUGUAUUUAUGACAUUUUGUUAUGUUGUUUGUAUAUCGAUGUAAAAGAGAAUAUUAUUUGUCAGAUUUUAAGGUUCUUUUAUUAUUUAUGGAAAGCUUACUGUUUCAGAAACCAAAUGUAUCGUCAAUGAUCUCAAAUGUCUUUUAAGCCGUGGUGACUGCCGUUACAGCUUGUGUAUCAGGAACAUUGUGAGUACAAUGUUGCAGAUAUUCUAGCAGUUCUCGAACAUGUAUUUAUCAUAUUGUGUUCACUGAGGUACUGCCCUCCAAAGGUAUCCUAUUUUGAAAAGAAAUUCAAUAUAAAACCUAAAAGAAAAAAUAUGUAUUCCAUGAUUUUGUAUUGUCGCCAAAACCACUAAACAGUAUACUCAUUGUCCUGAAGUGUACUACAAAAAUUGACAAAAUCUUAUUUCCAUGUGAACUAUUUUAGGGAUCCUUGUGAGAUACAAACUAUAUCCACAGUAACUCUGGCCAAUGUCUACCAAACAUCAGUGUCUUCACAAUUUCAUUUGUAACUGCUUGUUUUCUUGUAGCUUUUCUCCUAAUAUUAUUUUAUUCUUUGUGUGUUAAAUCAAGAUGUGAUGUUAUCCUGUGAUUCUUGUAAUAUUGAUUGUUUUUCUAGCAAUGCUAGAAUUGUAUUUGUCAUUCAUUUGAAUAAUUUAGCAAGGCACAUGUUUGUAAGACAGAGUGUACGUUUACUCACUGGAUGCUGAAGGGCAAUGCUGAAGCCUCGUUCUUUGUAGUAUUAAAACUACAUUAGAUAGGAUAUUUAUCUUGUUCCAUAUUCAAUUAUCAGUAGUUAAUUUGGUAAAUGGUUUCUUUCUUUGCCUGAGAUGUGUUCAUAUCUUUUUAUUACUAUAUGCUUCAUCACAUGUACCAAGACAGCACGCCACCUGUAAAUACCACCAUUAGAAAAUAAAGGCUACUAUUUUUCAAACUUG